AUGAUUCUUCACACAGUCUUAGACUGUCUGGAUUACCGGAGCAUUCUGCUCUUCGUAUUUGUCUUCUUGUUGAUGGCUGAUAUCCUGAAGAACAGGAAUCCACCAAAUUAUCCGCCAGGACCUUGGUCCCUGCCCUUUUUUGGAAAUAUCUUAACGGAUCUGGAACCAAAAACAAUGUUGAAGCUUGCUGAAAAAUAUGGCAAUGUUUUCAGUCUGAGGAAAGGCCGCGAAAAAAUGGUGUUUGUAGCCGGAUAUAAAAUGGCAAAGGAAGCGCUGGUCACUCAGGGUGAAAAUGUUGUUGACCGUCCAGAUGUCCCGCUUUUUAGUAAAGUUUUUAAAGGAAUCGGCUUGAUUUUCAGCAAUGGAUACAUGUGGAAGAAACACAGGAGGUUUGCGGGAACCUACUUUAAGUACUUUGGGGAAGGAAAGAAGACAAUGGAGCUGUCCAUCCAGCAGGAGUGUGUGUUCCUCUGUCAGGCCAUGGAGGACGAGCAGGGCGGAUACUUUAAUCCAAUGGUGAUGCUACACAAUGCCGUCUCCAAUGUGAUAUGUACUCUGGUUUUGGGGCAUCGCUUUGACUACAGUGAUGCCAAGUUCCAGAAUCUUCUACGUUUGAAUAAUGAGUGUGUCUAUUUGUCGGGCAGCACUCUCGCUCAGCUAUAUAACCUCUGGCCAAGGCUAUUUGACUAUUUACCUGGACCUCACCAAACAAUAUUCUCCAACUAUGACCAAAUAACCACUGUCCUGAAAGAGGAAAUAGCCAAACAUAAGAAGGACUGGGACCCGUCUGAUCCACGUGACUUUAUCGAUGCUUAUUUUGGUGAGAUGGAUAAGAUGGCAGCUGAUUCUGAAGCUGGGUUCACCACCAAGUCUCUGGUAAUCUGCACUCUGGACCUGUUCGAGGCUGGGACAGAGUCUGCUGCCACCACGCUGCGCUGGUGCCUCGUCUAUAUGAUGAAGUAUCCAGAAAUUCAGAAGAAAGUCCAGGCUGAGAUUGACAGAGUGAUCGGACAGGCGCGGCAGCCCUGCAUGGCAGACCUGCCAAACAUGCCGUACACCGACGCCGUCAUCCACGAGACGCAGAGGUUCUCUGACAUCUUGCCUCUGGGAUUCCCCAAAAUGACCAGCAAUGACAGCACACUGGGGGGGUACUUCAUACCAAAGGGGACGAGCAUAACCGCGAUCAUUACCUCUGUACUGAAUGAUCAGAGCGAGUGGGAGACUCCGAACACCUUUAACCCGGGGCAUUUCCUGGAUUCCCAGGGCCGGUUUCGGAGACGGGACGCAUUCUAUCCUUUUUCAGCUGGACUAAGGGCGUGUCUGGGGGAGCAGCUGGCUCGGAUGGAGCUCUUCCUGUUUUUCACCUUCCUUCUCCAGCGCUUCACCCUCUCUCCACCCCCUGGAGAAGAAGUUGACAUAGAUCCAUUGCUUGGGUUCACCUAUUUCCCAAAGCCCUACAAGAUGUGUGCUAUGCCUCGCUGAGCUUCUACACAGGGAUAAACAGCACCAGGCUAUCGGAAGCACAUUAACACACACCUGCGUAGAUCCUCCAAAAAACUUUUAAAACAUCAUUAAUGACAAUAGCUAUUAAAUUUGUUUGUACUGUAUGCUAGCUAGUCAACUAAAACCUAUUUAUUCAUCUUUGGGAUGUAUGAUAUGCCCUCUAUGUAAAAUCAUAUAGUAUUAUUACACGCUAUAUCAAAUAAGUUUAUCACAAGCUGCAUUUGAAAGACCUAAACAUUUCUGGAUAGACUGAAAGAUCUGAACAUGCAUUCUGUAAUGCAUUCUGUGCAAACUUUAAAAGCAAACCCUUCACCGCCAAAUUUCAAAAGCUUGAUAUUCACUGAGAAGUGAAUUAGUGUCACAUUUUGUGGAAGCGCAAGGUGCCCUGCUUACUUACACUAUAUUCAUCACUUGUAAAGGGUAUGUUUACUCUGCAUGACAGAGAGGCUGGGUCUCCUUCAUCCAUUCAGACCAUGUGUUUAUAUGCUGUUCCGCUGGUUUAGCCUUCAUCCCAUGAGUGUGCCAAUGAAUUUAUCCAUUACAUCCUUUGAAAUCUCCA